AUGACGCCAAAGCCAACUUUGAUUCCUGCGCCAACAACGCCAUUCCAGACUCCAACGCAAACAGAAGAAUCAAACGAACAAGACGAUGCAGCACAGAAGAAGAAGAGGAUAAUAACUAUUAGUGCUGUGGCCGUGGCUGGCUCUUUGUUGGUCAUAGCAGUUAUAAUUAUUGCUAUAAUUGUUUGUAAGAAGAAGAGACAGUCGCUAUACUUCGUCGAAAAAGAUGUCGCUGCGAUUGAUCCUGAUUAUAACUAA